CAGCUUGGAAGAACAUCAUGUCCGACAACAAGAAGCAAGAGAGAGAUUUCACACCUGAAGUUGACGCUCUCCUCCCUGAAGCUGCUGCUUUGGCCAAGUCGGGCAAAUUGCAGCCUGCGUUGGACAAGCUGUUGAUUUUGGAGAAGCAAACAAGAAAUGCUGCUGAUCUCUCCUCGACUACUCGAUUAGUGAAAGCCAUCGUCCAGCACUGUUAUGACACCCGAGAUUAUGACCUUCUCAACUCCAACGUGUCAGCACUCAGCAAAAAGCACGGCCAGUUGAAGGCGGCUAUUCAGGCUCUCGUCGAGCUCGUCAUGACCUGGCUGGACGACGUGAAAAAGGUGGCUGGCGUGGAGAAGUGGCUGGAGCUAGUUCAGACUCUGCGCACAGUGACCGAAGGAAAGAUCUAUCUCGAAACGCCGCGUGCUCGCGUCACCCUGAUGCUCUCCAAAUAUCAUGAAGGUCUUGCAGGUCCCUCUACAUCGCCCACCUACAAAGAGAAUGUCCAAACCGCCUGUGAGCUCUUGUCCGACCUGCAAGUGGAGACAUACUCCUCCAUGGACCGCCGCGAAAAGACCGAGUUCAUUCUCGAGCAGAUGAGGUUGUUGAUCGUCGUCGCGCGCUUGAAGGAUGCUGAACUGGACAAGAACGGGAAGGAGGUGAUCGAUGGUGGUGAGACUGAGUGGAUCAAGGUCCGAGUAGGUGGUAGGAAGGUUAACGAGGACUUCCUGACGGAAAAGAACAACGAGGAUCUCAAACUUAAAUACUACGAUCUGAUGAUUCAACACGCCCUUCACGGAUCGACGUAUCUUGAUGCUGCCAAGUACUACCACAAAGUGUGGGAGACCCCGUCCAUCAAGGAAGACUCUAAUGGUGUGGGUAAAACAGCUCUGGAACACAUCGUUUACUACAUCGUUCUCGCAACCCACGAUAACGAGCAGUCCGAUAUGUUACAUCAUCUGUAUGUCGACCCUGCACUUCUCAAGCUGGAGCUGCACUACAAUUUAGUGAAAUCCUUCAUCACGAACGAAUUGAUGCGAUGGCCCAACAUCGAGCUCAUCUACGGAGAGUUUUUGCGUAAGACCCCCGUCUUUUCAAUCCAGAAGCGUUGGGAAGACUUGCACACGCGUGUGAUCGAACAUAACAUCCGGGUGGUUGCUCAAUACUACACUAGGAUAACAUUACCCAGGUUGACUGCACUGCUGGACCUGGAUCAGAAGCAAACUGAGGAGACAAUCGCUCGGCUUGUUGUCGCUGGAACCAUCUGGGCCCGGAUCGACCGUCCAGCGGGAUUGGUCAACUUCCGCAAACAGCGCAAUGCUGAGGAUGUGAUGAACGACUGGAGUUCCGAUAUGCAGAAGUUGCUAGGUCUGGUUGAGAAGACCUGGAUGGGCAUGAACGCAGCUCAAGCUGCACAAUCUCGUGUCAAAGCUUAGAUCGAUGGAAUGUAUUCAUGGCACUCGCUCCGCAGAAGAAAAGAGUGAGAAUUAUCAUUGUGACUUGGUAAAGUUGAAGAAAUCCGCAUCUCCGGCUUGAGUAAUGUGCUCAGUGCCAGCCUUGUCUUCCGAGACAGGAGGCGUGGCUUCUCGAGAAGAAUCUGUGUGUUUGACCAGGUCGUCGAAAGCCUCCAGUGCACCGUCAAUCUCGUUUGCACUCUCCGCACCAAGAUAGCCCUGCACGAGAGACUGGAGUUGGGCAUGGGUCAUGAUGGCCGGCUGUGCUCCUGCGCGAGUCUUCUCUUCUGCGAUUUCCGGCAGGGAGCUUUCGAUCUGUGCGUAAUCACCCUCUAUGUCAUCAAACUCGUCGUCGGCAUACGACAAGUCGUCUGACGGCGCAGGCGCAGGCUGGAGCGCCUCCGCAAUCUCGGCCUCCUCCGCUUCUGGCAAGUCGAGCACUUCGUCCAUGGCUUUGGUGAUAGCAGGGGCAUAAUUGACGGGGACUCCCGCCUGCCACAGCUUGACGUAUUCCACGCCACGAGACCACCGCGACUUGCCGGCGUGCGCCUCCGGAAUCAUCCUCCACCGUUUCCUAGCAGCAAGCGAGCCUGCGUCCAUGUCCUGCAAUUUUUCCCAAGAUGCUAGUGCCCGUUUUUCCUUCUCGAACGCGUGCUCGAUUUCGGUUGGCGCAAAAUCAGCACCCAACUGAUCGGCUUCCCAUGCUGCGUAGGUGGUUGCGACAUGGUGCUCGGACCUGAGAGCGCGGAAUUGGUGUACAGCACGGGCAUAUGCCUCUGAAAGUGGAACGUCGAGAUUUUGGUGCAGAUUGACUGCAAAUUGAACGGCACUAUAACGUAUCAGCAAAGAGGUCAAAGACGGGACAUGUACCGCACUCUUCAGCUGAGGGGUUUCGUCCUCGUUGCCUUAGACGUGUCCAAUUCGCUCCGUUAACUGGAUGCACCUCCACCUCCGACUUUUCGACCAGUGUCGUCGGCCGGAACGCUUCGAAUGGGUGGUCGGUGAAGAACUGCCGCCUCAAGUCAUCCUCGAGAUAGUAGAUAGGGAGUGGCCGGUUCUUUAGUCUUCGGAGUUUGGAGAGAGGCUUGAAUUUCUGAUCGUAUGUCGUUCGCUGGGGCGGAGCUUUGGCUGGCAGAGGAAGGGGAGGGAAGGCGAGCACUGGCCGGUACCAGACGGGAGGCGUUUGCAUCCGCCCACCGAGCAUAAGCCGGGAAAUUUGAUGGUGCACCUGUGUCGCUACACGCCGACCCAUGUUGAGACCGUCGUAAGCUCGAGAAGCAAGUGACAGU